AACGUUGAUGUAAAAUGAAGAGUUUUGCAAAGCUUCAACUGCAAUAUAAUUCCCACGCACAUCGGUGCAAGUCGUAGUAAAAAGUAAUGCGUAGAAUCGCUGGAACAUUAUUAUAAUUUGUUGCGGAUCAUCAUUGAACGAUGUGGACAUCGAAUCUUCCAACUUUUUCUCUCGGAUUUGGCAUCUUCCUUAUUAUUAUUGGGACUAUAGCCGUUAUCAUCCAACCGCACGGCCUUAUUAUGGAAAAUUUAUUAGACGCGAACUUAGCAUUGGUCAAAGGAACUCUGGGAUUUAGUUCCUGGGCAGCGGUAAAGUUGGAAUUUAAAGUAUACUUAUUUCACGUUACUAAUCCCAUCGACGUACAGGAAAGAGGCGAAGUGGCAAAUAUAGUUGAACGUGGUCCCUACGUUUAUGACGAAUUGCUCGAAAAAACUGUCAUUGGGACAGACGAGGCCGCCGAUACGAUUGAGUACCUGGCAAGACGAACGCUCGUUUUCAACGCAACGAAAUCUGGUAACUUGUCGGAAAAUGACGAAGUCACGAUUCUGAAUGCAGCUCAUGUCGGAAGUUUAAUUACGAUAGCAGACGGUUUCCCCGCGCUUUUAUCAAAAUUUGGAAAUGCCAUGGCUCUGCUAUUUUCUGACCCGACGAGCAUAUUCAUGCGGGGUCGAGUGAGAGAUAUUCUGUUUGAUGGAUUGCCGCUCGUAUGUGACCCCAAGUCCCACCCAGAGCUUGUCGUUGUUUGCGGUCUUCUGAAACGUCAGCGUCCACCAACGCUUAGAACCACUUCCGAAGAUGGAAUUUACGCCUUUAGCUUCUUCCACAAAAUCAAUGGGACUUACGAGGGACCGAUGACCGCAUCUCGCGGAGUAAAGGAUCGCUACACUAUCGGACAUUUAUCGGAAUUCAAAGGCUUGCCUUACGCAGAUUUUUGGAGCAUAAAAAAUUGCUCUAUCGUCCGAGGAACCGACAGCAUUUUUUGGCCUCCGAUGAGCUCGCGACAACCCGAAGUAUUUACGUUCAUAAACGACCUGUGCAGAUCGGUCUUCGCUGUCUAUAAAAAUGAUACGGUGUACAGCGGUUUACUAGGCUAUUACUACAGUAGCACAAAGAGCUUGUGGAAUGACACAGAGUCAACCUGCUACUGUCCACGCGAGAAGAAAAAAUUAAAAUGUCCAACGCAGGGUCUGCUUGACUUAAACAAAUGUCAGGAAGUGCCGAUAAUGAUGUCGGAACCACAUUUUCUGCACGGUGACGAAAGCCUAUUCUCAAUAACUAACGGCUUGCAACCUGACGAAGAAAAGCACGCCACAUAUGUCGUGGUCGAGCCGUUCACCGGAGCACCGCUUUCUGGGUACAGAAAAAUGCAGCUGAAUCUCAAACUUCGACGUUUGAAACAGGUUCAUGUCGUCGCUAACGUGACUGAAGGAAUGUUUCCGUUGUUGUGGGUUGAAGAGGGGACAACUCCAGGGCCCAAAAUAUUAGCCCCAGUUAUUCUGAUCCAUCGGACAAUCCGGUUGUUGGUCUUUUUAUCCUGGAUGCCAUUACUUUUUGGUAUAUUUUUCGUCGCUUAUUCCUACUGGAUGAACACAUCAGCAAAAACUGAAGGCUCCAAAGCAUCGGGACGCAGUACUUUGCUGGCGGUUGGUUAGAAC